UUUAACUUUAAGAUCACGUAUCGCGUAGAAACGCUUAAUAGAGUAGUAGACACUUUAAGUAGAAGGUCUAAUUUACGUAAAGAAGAUUAUAAAGCACUAUAUAACGCUUUACUUAAGAUAAUGUCUAAUAGUAGUCUGAAGUAUAACUAG